AUGAGAACUGUUUCGCGAGCGAACGUGGCUACCUAUGUUGUGAUUGCGCUUGCCAUGUUAUGUGUCCAACUCUUAGCAGCCCACCAUAAACACACGUCCAGCGGCGGCGGCUCCGGCGGCCAGAAACAAUGCGUCGAAUCCGUCAUUACAGGACCUCGGGAUAAUAAUCAGAUUUUGUGCGAAGUCUCUAAGGACGUCUACUAUGCUUGCGAAAAGAGCAACUGUAACUCGGGAGGGAGUCCUGGGGAGGACCCUUCUGUCCAUCCUUUUUCCAAGAUGAGCUGGGAGCAAUGCGCCCUAGCUCCUGGGACCACUCGGGACAGAAAAGUGACGGGAACACUAACCUAUAUGGUCGACCAUAAAUACGGCAUCAUGGGCGUCAGAGGGACCGAAGACGGCGUCGCUGAGGACCACUACUAUGAGUGCUCUCAGAGCGCAAACACCCAGAGAUCUUACUGCACCGGCUGUCAAUAUGUUAAGCUGGGACCACUAUGAAUAUGAUCUUGGUCGAAAAAACAGCUACAUACAGACCUUGUUAGCUGUUUGGACUUCUCGUCGGGUUUCCAAACACUAGGCUUGCUAAUUAAUCGACGAGACGGCCAAGGGUUGGACAUGUUGUUAUUAUAUCUUUCCUUUUAUAAAUAUUUGACUUGUGUGGGA